UGUUACCCUAAACACACAAUUUUUUUUAGGCCUUUGCAAUGGGCAAAGUGUCUGAUAAAGUGUCAUUUCAAUUCAAUUGUUUUAAAAUUAUAAAUUAUGAAAAAGUGAUAACAUCUUUGAUAUGAUAACAUUACUAUGAGUUUUUUCUGACUGAGGAUCAAACAUUGUUGCAGUCACAGCUUUUUAGUUACAUAUUUAUCAAACAUAAAAACUUUUAUAUCUUAUCAUUUCAUCAAAACAGUUGCUGUCAAAUGUUUGUUGCCAUAUAUAGUGGUUCAAUCAUUGUACAUCUAGUGAUUUGAUCUUUGGGCCUUGAAUUUAAUCUGGUCAAACGUUUGAUACACUCUCCUUGAAAAGAUUAUGUUGGAGGUGGAGACAGUGGACUCCAAGAAAACAGUAGAUGAAAAUGUCAAGUUAGCCAAGGUUUUCAAAGCUUUAUCCAGCAACAUUGAGAAAAACAAUGAACUCCUUAAUCGACUUUUGGAAUUAACACUUGAAUCAGAGAGCAAUCAUCAAGGAUUAGCACCUCUUCGAUCAAUUCUGUCAAAAGAUCUCAGUGCUCUGAGAGAAGAUAAGGUUUUUGAACCAUCAAUGAUGUGGACUCCAAAGUUGAUUAUUUUGAAUAUUGACGGAUCAAUAGAAGAGGAACACAUAGACUACUCUAUUCUACAUAGCAAUGAUGACAAUCCACCAAGAGUGCAGCUGAUGUGGAGAUUCAAAGCCUUCUUUAAGGAGAAUUUGGAAUUGCAACACUUUCCAGUGGAUGUUCAGGACCUGACAAUUUCCAUCUCUACAGAAAGGUCGAUUCAUGAGAUUGAGAUAAUUGAAGACCAGAGUUCUCUCAGUUCAGUCAACACUCAGGCCUUCCUGGAUGCCUCGGAGUGGAACCUGUACAACCACACUGAGUCCUACAGAGACAAAACAACUGUCGAGUACGCUAGGUCAACUGUCCAUCCUAUCCUUCAUAUACAGUGCAGGGUGGCAAGGAAGAUAGGCUAUUUUGUGUGGAAUAUUAUAUUCAUUGUGUUCCUGAUCAUUGGCCUGACCUUUGCCUCCUACUCCAUUGAAGUUGAUUCUCCAGACAGACUGAUGUGCAAUGUCACCCUUUUCCUUACUGCUGUCGCCUUCAAACUGGUCGUCAAGCAAAGUCUGCCAACUAUUUCAUACCUCACUUACCUGGAUCUGUAUGUACUGGCUGCACUGAUAUUUCUUGCAUUGAAUGCUACUCAAAAUGCUGCAAUGAAAUCAUUAGCUUACAUAUACCAAAUGAAGGAAGUGAAGAUUUAUGAUCGCAAUGCCAUUGUCAGUCUUGCUGCUAUCUUCAUAUUUUUUCAUGUCAUCUUUGGGAUUUACAUAUCUUUCACUGCCACCAGAAGGCGAUGGAAAAUGCAGGAGAAAGACAAACUUUACCAGGAAAAGAAAGAUUACAUUGAGAGAUCAAGGGUGUCACCCAGAGCUACUAGUAGAAGAAAGAGAAGAUACCCUCCUGUGGCCCAACCAAGGGGAUCUCUCGAGUCCUUCUUCGAAAAUCGCUACUAGCCGAGCUGUUGUUGCUCUGCAAAAAGGGCAAUAACUCUGCUUCAAAACAAAUUAUCUGUAUAUAAACUCUUAAUAUAUUGUACUUUUUUCAGAGUUUUUAUAUGUUAAUGAUGAUUAACUUAAAAAGAAUAAUAUAACAAUUUACAUGAUCAAUAUAUUUUUAAAAUUAUCAAUGGGAAAAUAAUGGAAAUUUCGUUCAAUUGAACUUUUAUAGGAUAAAAGUUGUAAAAUGAUGAACAUGUUCCUGUUUGAUAUUGUUGAUUAAUUAUUCAUAGGAAAAAUGCUUCUCUUAAAAAAUUUCCUAUCCUUUCUUCUUAUGUACAGGUGUAUAUGAUCUGAUUAGAAUCAAUCUUAAAAUUUUCAGUGAAAUAUGUACAAUCCUUUAAAAGCUAUCAAUUCACACGAUAUGAUACAACAGUGUAACAUUAAGUUUUAUUAAGAUUUUUAGCCUUUCUUUAAAAAUACUACAAAUGUACAAUUUAAUAUACAGAACGUGUUUGUUCCAAAAAGGAAGUAAAUGAUAAAAUGUCUUAUUUGAAUACAGGUGAGUAAUUAAUUAAAGAGCUGUUUAAAAUUUAGAUUUAAUGCUCGAUAAACUCCUUAAUCGGUACAGUGUCCUGUAAAUA